CUGCAGCAGGCGAGUUUCCGGUCUGUCCUCGUCGGCUUCUUUUCUACGGUUAACGUGACACGGGUGUUUUACACAAAACCCAACGCAAUGGCUGCCCAAAAGAAACAGAAAAAGGCGAUGGAGAGCAUCAACUCCAGACUUGCUCUCGUCAUGAAGUCUGGAAAAUACGUGCUGGGGUACAAGCAGACUCUCAAGUCACUUCGUCAGGGAAAGGCCAAGCUCGUCAUCAUCGCCAAUAAUACACCCCCACUUAGGAAAUCUGAGAUUGAAUACUACGCCAUGCUGGCCAAGACUGGAGUCCACCACUACACAGGCAACAACAUUGAGUUGGGUACCGCCUGCGGAAAGUACUUCCGUGUGUGCACACUCUCAAUCACAGAUCCUGGUAACUCUGAUAUCAUCAAGUCCAUGCCCACUGGCGACCAGGCGUAAUUUUUUUUGUACCAUUAUCGCAACGUAGGGUUGCUACGUUGGGUUCUUUGGGAUAAGGAGAAAAAAUAAAGAAAACCAGGGACAGUUUCGUCCAAAA